AUGCAAACAAGUCAACACCCCGUCUCAAGAAAGAGCCUUUGUGGAUGUUGCAUCUGCAGGAAAUCGGGCUAUUUCAAUGUUCCAUCGCCAAAGAUCAAGAACACACGCCUAUGCGUCCUGAUCCUUCAAGCACUCAAGGAAAUUAGUCCAAUUCCUGACUACUUCAAUUUAAAGAAUGAUAUCUACGUCUUUGUGGAAGAUCAUUGGGACAUCCUUUAUCGAUUGCCAAUUUUACAGAAACAGAACUGGAAGAAGGCACUGCUUGAUGCUUUCAAUCAUUGCACUUAUAUAGAAUCAGGUAAGGACCUCUUCAGAAACAGAGGGUAUUACAGACUUAAGACGGAAAAAGUUGUCUCUGAAGAUGAAGAUAUGGAAAACAUGAAAGUUGUUGUUUCGAUGUCCAUUAAACAUCUCAGAGAUCAGCUCAAUAAUAACAUCAGCGUUCUCCAAAAGUUUGGUGAUGACGAAGUUGCAUUUCAACAUAUUGCACUGAUGCAGUCGCACCUCACUGUCUUUAUGUAA